UUUAGCACAUUGUUAAAGAGUCUAGCAUAAUUCGACAAACUAGAUCUGGUAACACUGUCUCUCCCUUGUAAACAAAGUAGCAUGGUGUUGUGAGGUCCUAAGAAUUAGCAAGUAUGGAAGACGAAGCCGAAACUUACAAACUUUGGCGAAUCCGCAAGACUAUCAUGCAGCUGUGUCACGACCGUGGGUACCUGGUGACACAGGAUGAGUUGGACCAAACUCUGGAUCAGUUCAAGGAACAGUUUGGAGACAAACCCUCUGAGAGACAUCCAGCCAGAUCAGAUCUUAUUGUCUUGGUCGCUCACAAUGAUGAUCCCACUGAUCAGAUGUUUGUAUUUUUCCCAGAUGAACCAAAGGUUGGUGUCAGGACCAUAAAGACCUAUUGUACCAGGAUGCAAGAGGAGAACAUUCAGCGAGCAAUUAUUGUUGUCCAGUCAGGAAUGUCUCCCUCAGCUAAGCAGGCAUUGGUAGAUAUGGCACCUAAGUAUAUCCUGGAGCAGUUCCUUGAGUCAGAGUUGUUGAUCAACAUCACUGAACAUGAGUUGGUCCCAGAGCACGUGGUCAUGACGGCAGAAGAGAAGACAGAACUACUUCAGCGGUAUAAACUCAAAGACAAUCAACUGAUGAGGAUCCAGGCAGGUGACCCAGUGGCACGAUAUUUUGGUCUUAAACGUGGUCAGGUUGUCAAGAUUAUCCGACCAUCUGAGACGGCAGGACGAUAUAUUUCUUAUCGACUGGUUGUGUAGCCGUUAAUUUAAGUAUGACUUAAAGAGAAGUAUUAGUGUUGAAUUCAUGUGAGACCUUGGUUUUUGUUUAUUUUUAUUUUUGUUAAAAAUUAGUGAAGUCAUCAAUACAUCAUUUCAAAGGGAUUCAUGUUGAAGAACUUACCAUAAAUUGUCGGAAAUUGUAAUAAAUUUUUUUAUAAUAAAACCGUUUUAUAUAUAAA